GCCAGGGAGGUUUCAGCUGAGCAUGCUCAGACACAUGGGAGGCACCAGACUCUAUCAGAACUCCUUCCAAGGAGCAAGGAGGACACGUCGAAGAACGCAGCUGCUGCAAGCCUACCGCUCUGUCCUCUGAUUCCGGCGGCGCCUCUCUCGCUCAGAUUGAUUGCUAUGUGGCUCCUACUUCAGAUCAUCGUUCUGACGGGGGUCAAAGACUUCGUAAUGGCUGAUGGCAGUAUGGUGGCUCCGCUGUGCCCAAAAGGGUAUUUUCCUUGUGGGAAUCUCACCAAGUGCUUGCCACGAGCCUUUCACUGUGAUGGCGUGGAUGAUUGUGGGAACGGUGCCGACGAGGACAGCUGUGGUGACACUAGUGGAUGGGCGACCAUAUUUGGCACAGUCCAUGGAAAUGUCAAUAAAGUGACAUUAACACAGGAGUGCUUUCUCAGCCAGUAUCCACAGCACUGUUCCUGUAGAGAAAACGAGCUGGAAUGCGUACAAGCUGACUUAAAAGUCGUGCCAAAGGUUUCCAGCAACGUGACAUUACUAUCUCUUAAGAAAAAUAAAAUCCACAGUCUUCCAGUCAAAGUUUUCAGCAAAUUCACAGAACUCAAAAAGAUAUACCUCCAGCACAACUGCAUCACACACAUAUCCAGGAAAGCAUUUUUUGGAUUGUAUAAUCUGCAGAUCCUAUACCUCAGCCAUAACUGCAUUACAGCUCUUAGGCCUGGGAUAUUCAAAGACUUGCAUCAGCUCACUUGGCUAAUUUUAGACGACAAUCCGAUCACCAGAGUCUCACCGAGGUCCUUUACUGGAUUAAACUCCUUGUUUUUCUUGUCCAUGGUGAGUAACCAACUAGAAGCCCUUCCUGAACGUCUGUGUGCCCAGAUGCCUCUACUUAACUGGAUGGAUCUGGCAAACAAUGAAAUAAAGUACCUAACGAACUCCACCUUCCUUACGUGCGACUCGCUCACGGUUCUGUUUCUGCCUAGAAAUCAAAUUGAGUUUGUUCCAGAGAAGACAUUUUCUUCCUUAAAAAAUUUAGGAGAACUGGACCUGUCUAGCAAUAUGAUAACAAAACUACCAGCUCACGUUUUCAGCAACCUGAAUCUUCUUCAGAAACUGAACCUGUCGUCCAACCCUCUUCUGUAUGUCCACAAGAACCAGUUCGGAAGUCUCAGACAACUUCAGUCUCUAGACCUGGAAAGGAUAGAGAUUCCAAACAUAAACACAGGCAUGUUCCAGCCCCUGAAGAACCUUUCUCACAUUUAUCUGAAAACCUUCCGAUACUGCUCCUAUGUACCCCAUGUCCGAAUCUGUAUGCCCUCGACUGACGGCAUUUCUUCAUCUGAGGACCUCUUGGCUAACAGUAUCCUCAGAGUGUCUGUCUGGGUUAUAGCUUUCAUUACCAGCGUGGGGAAUGUCCUUGUCAUUGCCGUGAGAUCUCUUAUUAAGGCUGAGAAUACCACUCACGCUAUGUCCAUCAAAAUCCUUUGUUGUGCCGACUGUCUGAUGGGGGUGUACCUGUUCUUCGUGGGCGUUUUUGACAUCAAGUACCGAGGGCAGUAUCAGAAGUACGCGCUGCUGUGGAAGGAGAGUGUACCCUGCCGCCUCCUGGGCUUCCUGGCCACGCUGUCCACGGAGGUCUCGGUGCUGCUGCUGACAUUCCUGACCCUGGAGAAGUUCCUGGUCAUCGUAUUCCCCUUCAGUAACCUGCGCCUGGGCAAGCGCCAGACUGCCGUGGCCCUCGCCAGCAUCUGGGGGGUGGGACUUCUCAUAGCAGCCGUUCCCUUCACCAGCGAGGAUUAUUUUGGCAACUUUUAUGGGAAAAAUGGAGUCUGCUUCCCACUUCAUUACGACCAAGCGGAAGAUUUUGGAAGUAGAGGGUACUCCCUUGGGAUUUUCCUAGGUGUGAACUUGCUGGCUUUCCUCAUCAUCGUGUCUUCCUAUGUUGCCAUGUUCUGCUCCAUUCAGAAAACAGCCCUCCAGACUUCAGAAGUGAGGAACCACAUUGGGAAGGAGGUGGCCGUGGCAAACCGCUUCUUCUUUAUCGUGUUCUCAGAUGCCAUCUGCUGGAUUCCAGUGUUUGUCGUUAAAAUCCUGUCUCUCCUUCAAGUGGAGGUACCAGGUACCAUCACUUCCUGGAUAGUGGUUUUCUUCCUUCCGGUGAACAGCGCCUUGAACCCCAUCCUCUACACUCUCACCACCUCCUUCUUUAAGGACAAGUUGAAACAGUUGCUGCACAAGUAUCGGAGGAAAUCGAUUUUCAAAGUUAAAAAGAAAAGUGUAUCUACCUCCAUCGUGUGGACCGAUGACUCCUCACCUAAACUUGGAGUGCUGAACAGAAUAGCCUUGGGGACAAUAUAAUGAAGCCAGGUUCCCCGUAGUGGUUUUGGAUCACGGGACUUUGAGGGUACUACCUAACACAAGGUACAGUUUGGGGAAGACAGCGUCUGAGACAGUUUCCAUCUCGGCCAGCAGCCACCCUUUCAGCACCUGUGGAAUGAAUGGCUGUUGACGCUGCAUUCUGGUGACGGGUCUGUGACCCGUCGACCAAGCUGAGAAUUGCACCCAAAGCCUCCCCUCUGCACCUGCCCAGGCCCAGCAUGCACAAGUGAAUCCAUGUAGGCUGACAUGUGGUGGCUCUCCGGGUAACCGUCACUGCUGUCUACCCACGAGCGCCCACAUGUAGACACUGCAGCGGCCUUCUCUUACACCGAGGGGCGCUGUCCGUAAGUAAGGACAUCCAUGACAUCUUACUCCCGUGCGGCCGUCGUGACGCAGAAUGAACAUCUUUUUCCUUGCCCCUGCGGUAGCAAAUGAACCGUCAACCUCUUGUCGAUGCUCCUGACAGCUUCCGCAGGCUGAUGGAAUAGCAGCUUCUCAUGUGGUUCUCCACACCAGUUUAUGACCAGCAGGAGGCAUGCUGUGGGAGCCUAAAACCAGCCACCACCUGACUUCUAUUAAGCUUCUGUUUAAGCCCAGAAAAGCUGAGAUCUUAGAUGCUUUAACUAAAGUUGCCCAGGGAGCAGAGAAAAACCAGGCACCCAACAGUUAUAAUUUCCAAGUACUUUAAGACAGUAUUUCUAUUACGGGUAAGUCCUCUUUUCAUUUAACGCAGAGACAAGGAGAGUUAAAAAGAAACUCAAGGAGACUGCGCUGACCUGGGACCAUUUGCUUAGUUACACAAACUCCCAUUUCCACACACAAAGGUCAGAAACUUUGGAUUUGUUUUUUUUGCAAGUGAAAACUGUUUAUGAGGACCGGGACAUUUUUAUACUGAAAGUUUAUAUAAGGGGGGAAGACUACUCUGAGUAAAUUUCUAUUUUGCGUU